AUGUCCAACAAGCGUUCCCGUCACGAGCACGACCCCACUCACGAAGACUCGUUCGUCAACGACCCCGACGCCAACGAGAGCGGCCAGGACGACGAUGACGACGACGACAAGCCCAAGUCCGACAAGAAGGCCGGAAGGAGAAAGAUCAAGAUUGAAUUCAUCCAGGACAAGUCCAGACGUCACAUCACCUUCUCGAAACGAAAGGCGGGCAUUAUGAAAAAGGCGUACGAGCUCUCCACCCUCACCGGGACCCAGGUGCUCCUCCUUGUCGUGUCCGAGACCGGCCUUGUCUACACCUUCACCACUGCAAAGCUCCAGCCCCUCGUCACCCAGCCCGAGGGUAAGAACCUCAUUCAGGCUUGUCUCAACGCGCCCCACGGCCAGCUUCCGUCCUCCAUGCCCGUCGGCACCCCCAUCAACCGCACCACCGGCGGCAUGCAACAGGCCAACAACGUCGGCAGCAUCGCUCUUCCCGGCCACAACGCACCCCCGCCCCCGCCCAAGGACGAUGACGCGAACGACAACGACGAGUCUGAUCCGCGCGGUGCCGCCUCGCGCAAGCGCCGUCGCGCGUCGUCCACCACCGCGCCCCCGCGCAACAACACCUCUCCCCAAGUCACCGCGGGUGCCCCGCCGGGCGCGCCCAACGCGUCGCCGCACCAGCAGCCGCGCGCCGCGCUCCCCAACGCACCUCCGAUCUCUAUUCCUGGGAACGUGCCGCAGAUGCCUAUCGACUCUCCGCGCUCGCAGGCCGCCCAGCCGACAAGUCCCAGCUACGCAGCGCCUGCCGGAGCCUAUCCUCCUCCCGCGGGUGGGGACCCGAACAUGCACUACCAUCAGUCCUACCAGGGCCAGCCACAACAGGGAUACUAUGGAGGGCACGAAGGCCAGGCGCCGUCGCAAGGGGUUGGGCCGAGUCCGUGGGGGCAGCCGCCUGCCGCCGUGCAGAACAACCAGUACGCGCGGCGGUAG